CCAAUCCGUAGGCGCUUAGUGAAACAUUCUACAGAAGGCGGAGCUUGUGGCGGCAGUCGGUACCUGCGCAGGGACGGCGAGGAGGAGGGGGAGGGGGUUUCCCCAUUCGGACAUCCAAGGCGCCUUUGGAACAGGUGGAAGAGAGGAACCUCUGAGGAACUCAGGAUGGGCGAAGUGGAGAUCUCGCCUCGGGCGUACGUCAAGAUGUGCCUCCAUGCGGCUCGGUAUCCCCACGUGGGGGUGAACGGACUCCUCCUGGCUCACAAGCGCCGGCCCACAGCUGGGCCCGCAGAAUGCCUCUACAUCAUGGACUGCGUCCCCCUUUUCCACAGCAACCUGUUGCUCACCGUGAUGCUGGAGGUGGCCCUCAACCAGGUGGAUUCCUGGAGCUCCGAGUCCGAUUUGUUCCUGGCUGGCUAUUACCAGGCAAACUCUGGGAUGGAUGACAAAAGCCCUACCUCCCUGGCAGAAAAGACUGCAGCGCGGAUUGCCGAUCUUUGUGGCGAGGCCGUGCUGAUCAUGUUGGAUAACCGGAAGUUCACGAUAAACCCUCGGCUACCUCCCCUCACCGUCUUGGAGCAGAGAGAUCGCCAGUGGGUUCCUAAAGACAAAAACCUGGUCAUGUGGACCGACUGGGAAGCCUCUCGCCACAUUUGCAAGUCCCUACUGGAGGCCAAAGUGUAUUCCCGAUUGGUCGACUUCGACAGCCACCUGGAUGACAUCAGACAAGACUGGACCAAUCAGCAGCUGAACGUGGAAAUCGCCCAGUUGGUAUCGGUAGCCAAUGGCAGUGCUUGAAGGAGGAGCCGGGCCAAUUUGUAAGGAUCUUUAAACCAGCUUCGUUAGGAGCAUCCGGGAUGUCGGAUUAGCCCAGAUAGAAGCCAGGAUCACGUGAUCGAGGCCCCGCCCCUUUCUAACGGCAAGGCUGCCAUCUUGACUGUCUUAUCUCCUCCCGCCCCAACGAGACGCCUCUCUUGAAGAAGGAUGAAUUUGCUUCGAAAUUUGUGUUGUUUUUAAUUUAUUCCAUCUUUGCAAAAGCAAUUUGCCCCAACCAAAUUCUUGUUUUUUAAAAAAGGAGGGAUUUAACCCCCUCCCCGUUUUAUCCAGGUAGUCCUCGAACUUACGACCACACUUGAACCCAAAAUUUCUGUUGCUAAGCGAGACAUUGGCUAAAGUUAAGUUUUGCCCCAUUUUAACACCUUUCUUGAAUCACUGUUAUUUGAUAAGUUAGUAACCUGGUCGUUAAGUGAGGCCGCAAAAGGGGAUCCCGUGACGCGGCGACCAUCGUAAAUAUGGACCCUCUGAAUUUCGAGCGUGGGGAGGCUGCAACGAUCGUUAAGUCUAGAAAAAAGUUGUACGUCCCUUUUUUUCAGCGUGGUUGUUAACUCUGAGUGGUCGCUAAACGAAAUGUUGUAAAUCGGGGACAACCUGGAAUUUCAGAAGAUUUUAUUUCAUCGGCGCGGUUUAAGAUUUUAUAUGUAUAAAACCCGUCGGAUUCCAGAGAGAGAAGCCCAACUGCAAUUCUUCGCCUAGGGCCCGAAUUAAACGUUUCCUCUCAC